CUCGGGAAAGAAAUCUCUCUCUCUCUCUCUCUCUCUCUCUCUCUCUCUCUCUCCAUGGCGCCGAACCUCCAACUCACAGCGCUCGGGCGCAAAUCAGAGCCGUCUAUCUCCGCCCGUCCCGAUUCCGAUGACGAUCUCGAAGACGUCCGCCUCCUCGAUUCCUAUGAUCGCGGCGGCGAUGGACAGGCAGGAUCGGACGGUGGAGAGGGGAUGAGGAAGAUCGAGGUGAGAGUCACCGGCAUGACGUGCGCCGCGUGCUCCAACUCCGUCGAGGCGGCGAUCGGGGCCAUCGACGGUGUCCGCAACGCCACUGUCUCCUUGCUGCAGAACAAGGCCCACGUCGUCUUCGAUCCUAAGCUGGUCAAGGGUGAAGAUAUUAAGAUUGCUGUUGAAGAUGCAGGGUUUGAGGCAGAGAUUCUUUCAGAACCUAGUAGUAAUGAUAACAGUCAUUCAAAAUCACAAGGGACCUUGUCAGGGCAGUUCAGGAUUGGAGGUAUGACAUGUGCUGCCUGUGUAAACUCUGUUGAAGGAAUUUUGACAAAGUUGCCUGGUGUCAAACGAGCAGUUGUUGCCCUGGCAACUUCACUUGGAGAAGUUGUGUAUGAUCCUACAUUAAUCAGUAAAGAUGAAAUAGUUGAAGCAAUUGAAGAUGCUGGUUUCGAUGCCGCAUUUCUACAAAGCAAUGAGCAAGAUAAAAUCUUCCUAGGAGUAGCUGGGAUUUCCACCGAAAUGGAUCUGCAGCUUCUAGAAGCCAUACUUAAGAACUUGAAUGGAGUAAGGCAGUUCAUUUUCAACAGAACCCUUGCAGAAUUACAAGUUCUAUUUGAUCCUCAAGUUGUAGGCUUGAGAUUUAUAGUUGAUUCCAUUGAGAGUGGAAGUAGUGGAAAAUUCAAAGCACGUGUCAGGAAUCCAUACGCAACUGUAGCUUCAAAUAAUGUAGAAGAAUCCUCAAACAUGCUUCGACUCUUCACUUCCAGUCUUUUUCUCAGUAUCCCUGUUUUUCUCAUACGGGUUGUUUGUCCCCGCAUACCUCUUGUAUAUUCUCUGCUUCUCCUACGCUGUGGACCCUUUCUGAUGAGUGAUUGGUUAAAGUGGGCAUUGGUCACUCUUGUUCAAUUUGUUGUUGGUAAACGCUUCUACGUAGCCGCCUAUAGAGCACUGAGGAAUGGAUCAACAAACAUGGAUGUUUUGGUUGCACUGGGGACUUCAGCCUCUUACUUCUAUUCAGUUGGUGCACUUCUAUAUGGUGCAUUGACUGGAUUUUGGUCUCCAACAUACUUCGAGACAAGUGCCAUGCUUAUAACAUUUGUGUUGCUUGGAAAGUAUUUGGAAGUUCUUGCCAAAGGGAAGACAUCGGAUGCUAUCAAGAAGCUAGUAGAACUUGCACCAGCAACAGCUCUUCUGCUUUUCAAAGAUGAAGGAGGAAGAUAUACCAAAGAACGAGAGAUAGAUGCAUUGCUGAUUGAGCCAGGUGACAUAUUAAAAGUUCUUCCUGGUUCAAAGGUUCCAGCCGAUGGUGCAGUUGCAUGGGGCUCAAGUUUUGUUGAUGAGAGUAUGGUCACUGGAGAAUCAGUACCUGUUAUGAAGGAGUUAAACUCUUUGGUUAUAGGAGGUACAAUAAAUUUGCAUGGUGCCCUUCACAUAAAAGCCACUAAAGUGGGGUCUAAUACCGUUUUGAGCCAGAUAAUUUCCUUGGUUGAGACAGCCCAGAUGGCCAAAGCGCCUAUUCAAAAGUUUGCUGAUUUUGUUGCAAGCAUUUUUGUUCCUACAGUUGUUUCCCUGGCUUUUCUGACAUUGUUGGGAUGGUAUAUUUGUGGUGCAUUGGGAGUGUAUCCAGAAGAAUGGCUACCAGAAAAUAGCAAUUAUUUUGUUUUCGCUCUCAUGUUUUCAAUAUCAGUUGUGGUGAUUGCUUGUCCCUGUGCCCUUGGGUUGGCGACACCAACGGCCGUCAUGGUAGCAACAGGUGUUGGGGCUAAUCACGGAGUCCUGAUAAAAGGAGGAGAUGCUUUGGAAAGGGCUCACAAAGUUAAGUAUGUGAUAUUUGACAAAACGGGUACCCUUACACAGGGAAAGGCGGCAGUAACAACUGCCAAAGUUUUCACAGAAAUGAGUUUGGGAGACUUCCUCACUUUAGUUGCUUCUGCAGAGGCUACCAGUGAACAUCCACUGGGAAGAGCAAUUGUAGACUAUGCGUACCAUUACCAUUUUUUCAGCAAGUCUCCUACAGCGAAGGAUUCCCAAAACCACCAGAAAGACACUAAAAUAUCUGGAUGGCUUCUUGAUGCCUAUGAAUUUUCUGCUUUGCCUGGGAAAGGCGUGCAGUGCUUGAUACAGGGGAAAAGGGUUUUGGUGGGUAAUCGGAAGUUGAUGGCUGAAAGUGGAGUUGCCAUUCCUACCCGGGCCGAAGAUUUUGCAGUAGAGUUAGAAGAGAGUGCUAGAACAGGGAUACUUGUGGCAUAUGAUGACGAGCUUAUUGGAGUUGUAGGAGUAGCAGACCCAUUAAAGCGGGAAGCAGCUGUUGUUGUGGAAGGACUGAAGAAAAUGGGUGUCCAACCAGUUAUAGUAACUGGGGAUAAUUGGAGGACUGCACGGGCUGUAGCUAAAGAGGUCGGCAUUCAAGACGUGAGAGCAGAGGUGAUGCCAGCAGGAAAAGCUGAUGUUAUUCGUCUGCUUCAAAAGGAUGGAAGUGUGGUUGCUAUGGUUGGCGAUGGAAUCAAUGAUUCUCCAGCCCUGGCGGCCGCUGAUGUAGGAAUGGCAAUUGGGGCGGGGACGGAUAUUGCCAUAGAAGCUGCAGAUUACGUAUUGAUGAGAAACAACCUGGAAGAUGUUAUAACCGCCAUCGAUCUGUCAAGGAAGACCUUGGCCCGCAUACGGUGGAAUUACGUCUUCGCCAUGGCAUACAACAUCAUCGCGAUUCCAGUUGCAGCGGGGGUUUUCUUUCCCAUCUUGAGGAUCGGGUUGCCACCUUGGAUGGCCGGUGCUUGCAUGGCCCUUUCAUCAGUAAGUGUUGUAUGCUCUUCUUUGCUAUUGAGAAGAUAUAAAAGGCCUAGGCUCACCACUAUACUGGAGAUAACUGUAGAAUAGUUUUGAGUGUUAUACUUGAUAGGAAGGAAAUGUAAUUGAUGUGGGUGUUUCAUCUAAUUGCUCCCACUUGCUGUCUUUUCCGUUUUUGAGGGGAUGCAUCUGUACAUGUCUAAGUCGUUUUUGUAUCAUGUUUGUUUGCUUCUUGUUUUUCCCCAACUCGAUUUGAUGAAAGUAUCAUGGAUGGGGUAUGCUUUGAAAUGGCCACCAUUUUGUGCUUC